UUUUAUCGCCGUGCCUUCUUUCCCUAUCCUUUUCUUUUCCGCAACAAAUUAACGCCCCCUUCCUUUUAUUUCGCUCGAUCACCCUCACGUGCGCAGACGGCUCCUCUGCCUGCCGCCGGUGGCCUGCGAUCGGGGAGGGUAAGCCGGCAGAGGCGCCCCGCUCAGUGAAUCCUCUGCCUGCAGCCGACGGCCUCACAACGGCCUCCUGCUGUGAUCCCCUCUAACGCCAGGUCUCCGCCUCCCGGUGAUCCUCAUCACCAUUCUGGCGUCACUGCGCGCACAGAGAUCCCCUGCCGACGUGCAUCCGAAGCCUCUCGCCUUCUUCCUUCCCUUUCCCCUCUCGGUGGUCAAGUUCCUCUCGGCUCCCCUGCCCGGCGGUCGGUUCGUCUCGAAGCCUCGCACCAACGUAGAUCCCUCUGCGUUCUUUCACGGAAGCAAAUCACGCCGCCUCUUCUGUACGGGUGCGGAGUGGUGAUCCGUCCAGGCCUCCGACACUCCCGAGGAAAACCAUCUCCUCUGAUCCGAUCUGUUCAUCCCAGCUCUCCUCUGGUGACCAGCGAUCAUAGAGGAAUUCAGAUUCCUUCUGAAAUAUUGGAAGUGUGGAAGGAGAAGGGGAUGUCUUAGCAAGGACCAACAAAGAGACCAGACAAUAGUAAGAUGUUUCAAUUUUAGAAAAAAGGGGAUAUUGAGCAUCAUACCAGAAAAGAUAGCGUCUUCGAAACGAGGCGGUGGUCGUUCGCCAUUCAAGGACCUAACCAACACCCCAAACACAGCUGGUGACAACAAUAGCAAUGUUGGUGGAUCUAUGGCGUCUUCGAAACGAGGCGGUGGUCGUUCGCCAUUCAAAGCCCUAACCAACACCCCAAACACAGCUGGUGACAACAAUAGCAAUGUUGGUGGAUCUAUGACAUCCGAUACACAACCACCACUCGUAGAUGCAAAAGAACGUAAGAGGCAAAGAGAUAGGGACUGGUAUGUGCUGAAAAAAGAUGAAAUACUAAAGAAGCGUCGUGAAGCAUAUCGGCGAAAGAAAGCUGAAGCCGCAUUUGUAGAUGUCGAUAAGCAUCAAUCAGUGACUUUUCAGAACGAUCAAAUGGGAUCAGGGCAAUCCGCGCUUCCCAAACUAGGAUGCACUCCAAAUGCAAGAGGCAUCCCCAAUGUUGUUACGGAGUCAUGUACGCCGAUAAGUGGUACGACAAAGUCGACGUUUUUUGAGCAACCCACCGCAUGCAACAAGGAAAAUAUGCCUCCUGGCGAGAGUAGUUAUUGGGAAUCCCUAGCUCAUGCAGGUGACUUUACUAUACCAUCUGGUGAUAUUCAUGGCCUAGACAAUAUAAUGGAAUUGACUCAGACUCCAAGUGGGUCUCUAGGAAAUAAGAGUGCUUCUAAUGCGAGACAAUCACGGCGUACUUGUGAAAUUGCUCACAGACAAGAACUAACAACAGAGCAAAUCGAAGCAAGCCGUGCAAGGUAUAGGGCACGUUAUGCAAAUAUGACACCAGAGCAGAGACAAGCAAGACGUGAUCGUGAUAAGGCUAGAUACGCAUUACGUCGCAACACCCCAGAAAAAAUUGAAAUAAUGCGCAUGCAUCAGAGGGUGCAUUAUGCAAAUGUGACGCCCGAAGACAAGCAAGCAAAGAGAGAUCGCGAAAAAGCAUUGAAAGAUUUGUGCCGCAACACUCUAAGCCAAGAUUCCAUUGCCAUGCAGAACCCAAUGUAUGUCCCUGAGGUUGUGCCACUCACUGUGGAUGCAUCCGGUCCACAUGGAUCCACAGUCACACAUGAUUGGUCGAUUCCUGCGGUCACAGAUACCCCUAUUUACAUCCAGUCAGCUUGUGAUCAGAUGCCGGACGUGGAGAUUCCCAAUAUGGCUGCCAGUCAAAGAUCACGUAUACAACGCGUAACACCUGGAGAAAGGCAAGCAUUGUUAGCCCGUCGUAACGAGCACUUUGCAAAAACGCCAACAAAGAAACGGUCUGACUUGACACAAGAAAGUCCAACUGUAUGCGCAGAAGACAUCAAUGGUUCAGAACCUCCAACACAAUCAAUCCUCAUUAACAACGAAGAUACCCCUGCAACCCCUGAUACUAACAACGCCGCCACACCUCCAACACGGCCACCAGUUAACGACGACGGUGAUGAUGAUGGCGUCAUAUUCGAGGAGGACUCCGAAGAUGAGGAGGGCUACAUGUUCGGUGGUGAAGACAGGGAUAUCAACGAGGAUGUCGAAUUCGAUCAAGCUGACGACGACUCUGCCUCUAUCUCUAGCGUACCUGAUACGUACGACCACGUGUACAGCAAUAUACCCCCAGCCACGUACAUGCUAAAGCCUGUUGAAAACUGCCAAUAUUGCAAUGCAAAGAAGUUUGAGCAUGAGACAAAGGGGUUCUGCUGCCGUAAUGGAAAAAUUAAAUUAUCCACCACAGAUACACCACCCGAGCUCAUGAGGCUUUGGUCGAGUGCAGAUGCUGACGCUAGGCACUUUCGUGAUAACAUUAGGUUUUUCAAUGGUCAUUUCUCAUUCACGUCACUUUACUGUCAUCUUGACAGUGAGACCACUGAUAUGAGAAAACAUGGUAUCUACACGUUUCGUGCCCACGGCCAAAUGUACCAUAACAUACGGUCAUUCGGUAGAGAUGGUUCGGAACCCAAGCACCUGGAGCUUUACUUCUACGAUGAUAAUCCCAGUCUAGAGCUUCGGUAUCACCGCUGCCGCGAAGAGCAGUACCAGCAAGACAAGGAUGUCAUCAGAAAGCUGGUUGGCAUACUGCGUGGCAACCCGUACUCUGAACAACUCCGGAGUAUGGGACAGGUUCAGGACCUUGAUGACUAUCGUGUGACACUGAACCUUGACCAUAGGUUGGACCAGAGAACUUAUAACGUGCCGGCCACUUCAGAGGUGGCCGCUGUUUGGGUCGAGGGGAGCGAACGCCGAAGGCAGUUUGAGAAUAGCGUUAUCCUGCAAGGGAAGAACAGGGAAGUAUAUGGCAUUAGGUCGUAUCAUGGAUGCUACGAUGCACUGUCAUACCCUCUCUUCUUCCCUAGAGGCGAACUCGGCUGGCAUACCGACAUCCCAAAGGUUGUGUGUCCAUCGAUGAGGUGAACGCGGCUCGAGCGGCUCGUAAAGCUCGUGGUAAUAAUGAUGAAGACCCAGGUUAGUGUUCUCAACAGAUGGUAUUUGCACGGUCAAUUCUUGGCACUGUACUCUCUUAUGUACAACACUAGCUUCUAACAUCAUAUGCUC